AUGCUCCGACAGUCUCUGGCACGUUCGGCUUGGCGGACCGGCCGGCGGGCCGCCACCGUGUCCCGUACAUUUGCGACCACAUCCCAGCGCCCUGCCGAGGUGGAGUUAACAAUUGAUGGAAAGAAGGUGUCAAUCGAAGCUGGUGCCGCCCUCAUCCAGGCUUGCGAAAAAGCCGGUGCCACAGUCCCUCGAUACUGCUACCAUGAGAAACUGGCAAUUGCCGGUAACUGCCGCAUGUGCUUGGUCGAGGUCGAACGUGCUCCCAAGCCUGUUGCUUCUUGUGCCUGGCCUGUCCAGCCCGGCAUGGUCGUCAAGACUAACUCUCCUCUCACCCACAAAGCCCGUGAAGGUGUCAUGGAGUUUCUCCUCGCCAAUCACCCUCUCGACUGUCCCAUCUGCGACCAGGGUGGUGAGUGCGAUCUCCAGGAACAGUCAUUACGAUACGGUGCCGACCGAGGACGAUUUCACGAGACCGGCGGAAAGCGUGCCGUUGAAGACAAGAAUAUUGGCCCUCUGAUUAAGACAUCCAUGAACCGAUGCAUCCACUGCACCCGGUGUAUUCGAUUUGCAAACGAUAUUGCUGGCGCCCCUGAGCUUGGUUCAACUGGCCGUGGUAAUGACAUCCAGAUUGGCACCUACCUCGAGAAGAACCUUGACAGUGAGCUUUCCGGAAACGUCAUUGACCUUUGCCCUGUUGGUGCCCUCACCUCCAAGCCCUACGCAUUCCGCGCUCGUCCCUGGGAGCUGAAGCACACCGAAUCUAUCGAUGUUCUAGAUGGUCUUGGUUCAAACAUUCGUGUGGACUCUCGUGGCCUUGAGGUUAUGCGUGUUCUCCCCCGUCUCAAUGACGAUGUUAACGAGGAAUGGAUUAACGACAAGACCCGAUUUGCUUGUGAUGGUCUCAAGACACAACGACUUACCAUGCCUCUGGUUCGACGUGAGGGCAAGUUUGAGCCUGCUGACUGGGAGGAGGCCCUGACUAUCGUCUCUCGGGUCUUCCAAGAGAAGAAGCCCCAGGGCAACGAGUUCAAGGUCAUCGCUGGUGCCCUGACCGAGGUCGAGUCUCUGGUUGUGGCCAAGGACUUGGCUAACAAGCUUGGAUCCGAGAAUCUUGCUCUUGAUACCCCCACUGGCAGCCAGCCCCUCGCUCACGGUGUCGACAUUCGCUCAAACUACCUGUUCAACUCCAGAAUCUCCGGUAUCGAAGAGGCUGAUGCCAUCCUCCUGGUUGGUACCAACCCUCGCCAUGAGGCCGCUGUUCUCAACGCUCGCAUCCGCAAGCAAUGGCUCCGAUCUGAUCUCGAGAUCGGUGUUGUCGGAGAGUCGUGGGAGUCCACCUUCGACUUUGAGCACCUCGGUACCGAUCACGCCGCUCUGAAGAAGGCUCUUGCCGGACCCUUUGGCAAGAAGCUCCAGGCUGCUAAGCGACCCAUGAUCGUUCUUGGAUCUGGUGUGACCGACCACGUUGAUGCCAAGGCCUUUUACGAGACCGUUGGUACCUUCGUGGACAAGCACGCUGCCAACUUCAGGACUGAGGAGUGGGAUGGUUUCAACAUCCUCCAGCGCGAGGCUUCCCGUGCCGGUGCUUUCGAGGUCGGCUUCGUGACUCCUUCUGCUGCCGUUGCUGAGACCACCCCCAAGUUUGUCUGGCUCCUCGGUGCCGAUGAGAUCAACGAGGCCGAUAUUCCCAAGGAUGCUUUCGUCGUUUACCAGGGUCACCACGGUGACCGCGGUGCUCAAAUCGCCGACAUUGUCCUCCCUGGUGCUGCCUACACUGAGAAGGCUGGUACCUACAUCAACACAGAAGGCCGUGUCCAGAUGACCCGUGCUGCUACUUCCCUGCCCGGUGCUGCCCGCACUGACUGGAAGAUCCUCCGAGCCGCCGGUGAAUUCCUCGGCGUCAAGCUACCUUACGACGAUGUGGCUGCUGUCCGUGACCGCAUGGCCGAGAUCAGCCCGGCUCUGGCUGCCUACGAUAUCGUUGAGCCCGUUGCUCUGAAGAACUUGAGCAAGGUCCAGCUCGUUGACCAGAACAAGGGAGCCAAGGCUACGGGAGAGCCCCUCAAGAAGGCCAUCGAGUCAUUCUAUUUCACAGACGUCAUUUCCAGAAGCUCGCCGACGAUGGCACGGUGUGCGGCGGCAAAGGAGACCGGAGACCCCAGGACGAACCUGAUGGCUCCUGGUAUCGAGGAGGAUAGGCCCCAAGGCCAGGUUGAGUAUGGAGCAUGA